CGCAGGUGCCCUUGCUUCCGCGGGGCUCCCCAAAAAGCCCAGCGUUGCUCUCAUCAGCGACUAUGCUGAUGCUGCACCUGCUGCUGCUCCCGCAGCAGCAGCAGCAGCAGGCGUUUCUAGAGGAAAGGCGGCCAGCCAACGCGAUAGAGCAGCAGCAGCAGCAGCAGGAACAGGAGCAGGAGCAGCAGGAACGGAAGCAGCAACAGCAGCAACAGCAGGAGCCAAGGGGAGGGCGGAUAGAGUGAAGGAGGCGCUUAAAUCUGCAUCGGCAGCAGCAGCAACAGGCGAGGGGGAAGACAGCGACGAGGAGUCAGAGUCUUCUUGGGAGGCAGCAGAAGGAGACGGCUCUUUGGGUGUAUCUGCAGCUCCUCGCUGCAGGGCCCCUGUGGCUUGUACAGCAGCAGCAAUAAAAGAAAUGGAGGACCUUGAAGCAGCAACACGAGAACAUGUUGCUGCCCUCUACUCGAAAGAAAGAGAGGGGCCCCCAGGGGGCCCCCAGGAGCCUGCUGCUGCACCACCGUCUCUUCCUUUAGUGCAGGCAGCACUAGAGAAGGACUCAAACCAGAGCAGCACCAGCAGCAGCAGCAGCAGCAACAGCAGCAACAGCAGUAGAGUACCUGUGCAUGUCGCUGUGACUACAGAGGAUUACUUUGGGCCGCCUUCUGCAGCAGCAGCAGCUGCUGCUGCUGCGGCUGCUGCUGCUGCUGCAUAUUCAAACCCGCAUUAUUUCUUCGGUUCUCCUUCAUUUGACUCGCUGAGCAACAGCGAAGAAGACAGCUGGCCGCUGCCUUUUGCAUUAUUUGAUGAGUCAGGGGGGGCCCCCUUGGGGGCCCCCUUGGGGGGCCCCUGGGGGCCCCUCUUGCAGCAGCGGGGGCGCAUUGAGGACCCUGAGACCGGCGUUGUGCUGCAGAUAUCAUGGGGCCCCCUGCUGCAGCUUGAGAUAGAAGAAGCGCAUUUAACUCUAUCACAGGGGCCUCACUUCUCUGAUGGUGUGCAGCCGCCUUUAGGUUUAAGGCCUGACUUGCUGCGUUUCUGCUGCAGCAAGACGAGCGCUAUCCUUGCAUGCACCAGCAGCAGCAGCAGCAACAGCAGCAGCAGCAGCAGCGGGGGAGGGUUAAGGAGGUUUUUCGGGGUGCGUGUGGGGGACUUAAGUAUAGAAGACUUAGUUGAGGGCUCUUCGUUUGGUUUGCUGCUGCGCUAUCAUGAAGAUGAAAUCACAAGGCCGAGGCCCUCUACUUCUUGCAUGCUUAAGCUGCUAGCAACGGAGUACUGGCUGCCUCCCCCUCCCCAGCAGCAGCAGCAGCAGCGCCAGCAGCAGCAGCAGCAGCAGCAGCAGCAGCUGGAGUACGACGUAGACCUCACUGUGCUGCCCUUUGCGGUGUCUCUCCACCAAUGUACAGUGGAUGCUGUAGGGGCCUUCUGGGAGCAGACUCUGUUAGCAGGUGCAGUAGAGCUGCAGCCUUCUCUGGUGCUGCUUGAGGAAGGGGUGCCUCCUGCUUCUGCUGCUGCUGCUACUGGCUGCAGCAGAAGGGCCCCCCAAUCACCAAGGGGCCCCCUUGGGGGGGGCCCCCUCAGCGGAAACAGCGGGGCCUCUCCUUCUACCUUUUUCUCGCGUCAUCAUGAUCGCCACUUAUAUCAUCAAUAUCAACAUGUACACAAGCAGCACUCCAAGCAGCAGCAGCAACAGCAGCAGCAGCAGCAGUUGCUGCUGCAGCGACAGCGGCAACAGCAGAGGCAAUCUAGGAAGUGGAGAGGGGCCCCAUCAAACUAUGCAUGCGAGCCUCCUGUCGCAGCAGCACUACCAUUUGAAUAUGCUGUACACCUAGGGGGGCCCCCUGCAGAGGAGGGGAGGCUCCUGGGGGGGCCCUUUGUGGGGGGGUUACCCCUGGGGGGCCCCCUACGGAGUUGUUUUUCAGGUCUUUUCGGGUUUGAGGGCAUUGAGAUGGCGGUGCCGGCGCAAGUGCUCUGUGAUGUUUCUUCGGUAGAGUGUCUCUUCAGCAGACUCGCUACACAUUGGCUAGCCUGCCUCAGCAGGUACACCUCAGCAGCAGCAGCAGCAGCAGCAGCAGCAGUAGCAGUAGCAGAAGCAGCAGCAGCAGCAGCAGCAGCAGCAGUAGCAGUAGCAGAAGCAGCAGCAGCAGCAGCAUUACUGCUGCCGGCUGUAAUGCUGCGGUGUAUCAACAGCGUGCCUCCCCUCAGCUGUCUCCUUAAGGGGGGUAGAAAGCUGAGGGGUUUGCUGCAGCGUAUAUUUAAGAGACGGCGAGGAUGGGCGAGGAGGCCCCGCGGGGGGGCCCCCGGGGGGCCCCCCGGCCAGCGUGCUGCUGCUGCAGUGCAGCAGCUGUUCUCUUCUCUUGAUGCGCCAGGGCUCGCGCUGCUGCUGCUGCGGAAUGCUGCUGCUGCUGCAGCAAAUGCUGGAUUUGAGGGCCUGUGGGUUGUGCUGUCUCUUUUGGGGGGGGGCAGUCAGCCGUGUCUCUCUGAAAGGGCCUUACGUGGGGUGCACACUCUGCUGUAUUUGCUGGACCGUGCCUAUACACCUGGGAGCUGCCCCCCAUAUCCUUCUGCUACUUUCCGCGCACGCAGCAGCAGGUGCAGCGACGUGCUGCUGCUGCUGCAGCAGCAGCAGCCAAGCAGCAGCAGCAGCAGCAGCAGACGCCGGCCCAACACUAGCACUCAGGGCAGCAGACGGCUGCUGCAGAGAACACCGACUUCGCAUGCAUCUUACGAGGCUUCUUCAGCAGACGGGGGUUGCAGUUGGGGUGGCGGCCGCGAGAACGAAGGCAGCAACGAAUGGGCUGUCGUGCACCUGGGCGCAGAAGGAUUCUAUGAGCCUGAAGGCGUAGCGGCAGGCUUAGGAGAUGCAUGCCGCUGUGUGUCUCGAGGGUUUGUCUCUGCUCGCGAUGUUUGUUUGCGUCUGUACACCGCAAACUCUGGCGGUAUCGAAGUGCUGCAAAUAGCGAGCCGUUUGUUUCCUUCAAUUAUACUGAGGCCCCUCUUGGGUCUCUCAGAGGGAUGCACAAGGGCUGUUCAGGGGGCCCGCAACCAACUGCGCCCGGCGGCGCGAGCGGAGUGGUUGGCUGGGGCGCGGCGCCCGCGGGUGGACAUUGGGCAGAUAUGUUCUGAUGAAGAUGAUGAUAUGCUUAUUGCUUAA